UUGAAUUAAGAAAAAGCACUACCAAAUUAAAUAUUUCGGAAAAAGAGUUGAAUGGCGAUUUAAUUAUCAAUGAACUUAAUUGCUAUAGUAAUUUAUUAACUAAUUUGAUAAUUAAUAACUGCCCUAAUUUAACUACAUUAUUGGUCCGAGACAAUAAACUAUCAGGAGAUCUGUCCAUUUUUAACCACUUAGUUAAUUUAAAAAAAUUAGAUAUUGGUAAAAAUAAAUUUACUGGCUCACUAGAAUCUUUAAAAAAUUUGAUAAGGCUUGAAAAACUGGAUAUUAGUAAUACAGAUAUAGAUUGCGAAUUACAUCCUAAGUUAAUAAAACAAACUAAUAAAGAAUUAGUCACUAAUAAUUAUGAUUACACCCAAGCCGAAUUAAAAAUGGUUACUACUGCUCCAAAAUAUUUAAAGAAAGUACUAGGAAUAGAAAUAAUAGAUAGUGAAAGUGAUGAAGAAUUGAGUUUCAACAAUCAGGAAGUGAAUCAAGAAGUUCCUAAAAUGAGACAGUAUUAUGGUAAUGCUAAUGCUACACUAAUUGCCAUUGACGCUGAAAUUGCAAAAGAUGUAGAUAAAGAAGAUAAACCAAUCUUGGCUAAAUAUGUUAUCGAAAAACAAACUAUUUUUAUGUUGGAUGAUUACUUAGUGGAUGUUGGUCAAAGCAUUAAUUUAAAUUUAAGUCAAGCUUUGCAGGCAGUGACCCAUCGCCAGCAUUCAGUACCCAUCGAUGGUGUUUAUUCAAUUCUUGGUUUAUUACCUUAUGGUGACAAGGUAAAAACAAGAUAUAAACCAUAUGGUCAAAGUUAUACUAAGCAAGAAUUAGAAAAGACUUUAUUAGAGAUUCCUGAAACUAAGGAAGAUUGUUCGAAUAAUGGUAUUAAAGGUUCAAUUAAAUUUAAAACUGAACCCGAUAAUUUAAAAGUAACUGAGGAAGGAAUAGAGUUGAAUGGCUAUUCAAUUCCCACUAUCGACAGUUAUUUUGUGAAAGUAAUUCCUGAUGAAGAAGAAGUAAAAUUUAGUGGAAAAUUUAAAAUCAAAGUUCCUAAAAAAAAUAAAUAUUCUCAGCCGAUUAGUAUAGAAGUAGAAGAAGGUUAUCGAUUUAGAGAUAAAGAAAGAAGAUUUUUUAUUGACAUGGUAAAUAAAGUGGUCAUAGAAGGUCAAGAAGCAAUUCAAGCUUAUCAAAUCCAAAUAACUAAUCCUGAAUUAACCAAACAGCAAAGAGAACGAUGGCAAAAAGAAGGAAUUAUAGUUAGUACUGAUCAUUUCUGA